GGCUCACUGGCUCUGCAUAAUUGCUCUCAUUUCGAAAUCUCCCCUUAUUUCGUUCCAAUUCAUAGUUGAGGAGUGAGAAAAGAAAGCAAUCACUCGUGGCAUUCAUCAUGUCGACCACCACUACACAAACACACACAGAUACCUGGGUUCACUACCAUGAUGGCGGUGUACCUGGCAGGAGACGGGUGCUCAAAGGCGCUGCUGCCAAAGAAACAUUCACAGCACUUCCCAAAAUCGACUUUCAACGAAUAUAUUCGGACAACCUCGAGGACAGGAAAGAGCUAGCCAGGGAAGUGGGUGCUGCAUGUCGAGACAUUGGAUUCUUCUACGCAGUAAACCACGGAGUGGACGAUGCAGUAUUGGAGGGCACCUUUGAUGCUUUAAGGGAAUACUUUGCCCUACCCACAGACAUCAAGAUGGAAACACAUAACCAAAAGACGGAGAAGUUCAGAGGAUACGAGGCUUUCCUAGAAGGCAAGCUGGAUCCCAGCACACGAGGAGACCUCAAAGAAGGUUUCCUCAUGGGCGAAGACUUUACUGACCCUGAGCAACUCUCCCUCCUCACAUCGACGCCUCCACCUCACGUCCACACACCGCGCAACCAGUGGCCGACACACCCAUCCGCCCUCUUCUUCCGCCCGGCAAUCUACCGCUACUACCGCUCCAUGUUCGAGUUCAGCAAGCGCAUGCUACACAUCUUCGCCCUUGCCCUCGACCUCCCCGAAACACACUUCGACAACAUCUCCACACACCCCAUGACAAACGUCCGCGCAGUCCAUUACCCACCGCAAGAAAGCCAGUCGGAUGUGGGCAUCGGUGCGCACACAGACUUUUGCUGGUUCACACUCGUCUGCCAGAGCCGCACCACCUACCCGGCACUCGAGGUCCUGAAUGCAAAUGGCAUCUGGGUCCCCGUGCACCCUGAGCCCAAUACUUUUGUGGUGAAUAUCGCGGAUUUCCUCAAGUUGGUUACGGGUGGUACGUGGCAGAGUACUGUGCAUCGGGUGCGGAAUAUCGGUGGGGAAGAGAGGUACAGUAUGCCCUUCUUCUUCAGCCCGAAUGAGGAUGCGAGGGUGGCUGUUUUGGAGCAUCUGCGGCAGGAGGGUAAGCGGUAUGAAGAGUUUGGCGUGGGCGAGUACUUUCAAAAGAGGUUGGACAUUGAUCGGACGACGCAUUUGGAGGAAGAUGAGGAGAAGAUGUAG